UUCAUUGGCUUCCCGCACUGAUGCAAGUUCGCGAGGGCGAGCCUUUUAAUUCUGUUCCCGGCGCACAUUUCCUCAAAUGCGAGAACUCACCCUGUCUCGCCUUGGCACUGCGCCAGAGCACUUGUCUCCAGAGAUCUCGCAGCACGGCCGUCGCGCUUCCCGCAGCCCUCGACCCGACCCAAGGUGAGCGGGAGAAGGAAGGAACUGCCCCGUCUCCAGGUUCGCACAGAAGGAUGUCCAACUGUUACUAUAACGAACCCAUGAAGUUCUUCUAUCAUCUCAACCAGAAUGAUUCUCUCAAGAACAACUCGGACACAACCUAUUACGUUGGGUUAGGAAUCGGUGGCAUUUGCAUCCUGUUCAUUUUCCUGUUCAAUGUGAUCAUCAUCUUGGUGAUCCUGCUGAACAAGCAGUUCCACUUCCCCUACUACUACCUGCUCGCCAACCUGGCGGCGGCUGACAUCUUCGCCAGCCUGGCCUACACCUUCCUCUUGCUGCACACCGGGAAGCUGGCCCGGAUGUUGUCCGUGCAGAUGUACUUCUUGCGACAGGCGCUGCUGGACGUCAGCAUGAGCGCGUCCAUCUACAACCUGCUGGUCAUAGCGAUCGAGCGCUACUACUCGGUCAUAAAGAUGCAACUGCACAGCACGCUAUCCAAACGCCGCGUCUUCUGCCUCAUCCUGGGCAUCUGGGCCAUGGCCGUCGUCAUGACCACUAUUCCCAACAUGGGUUGGAACUGCAUCUGCAACAUCAGAACCUGCUCUGCGCUGGUGCCCAUCUACAGCCGCAGCUUCCUAAUCUUCUGGUCUCUGCUUAAUCUCCUCACGCUCUGCAUCACCACCGUCAUGUAUUUGCGCAUCUACCUUUACGUAAGGAAGAAAACCUCGAAGAUAUCGUCCCACACCACCGGUUCCAUCAAACGCAGGAAAAUGCCGAUGCGGCUGGUGAAGACCAUCAUAACCGUGCUUGGUACAUUCAUCAUCUGCUGGACACCUGGGCUGGUCCUGGUCCUCCUCGAUGGCCUCCACUGCACCAGCUGUAACCUGGAGGGCUUAAAGAAAUGGUUCCUUAUCCUGGCCCUGCUGAACUCUCUGGUCAACCCCCUCAUUUACUCGUACAGGGAUCGGGAGAUCUGGAAAAGUAUAAAGUGUUUGUUCUGCCUCGGUUGUGGUCGCAGCUGUGGGAUGCAGCUAGAGGACCUGAAUUCAGGAUCUCACCGGCAGAGCACAGUAUCUGAAAUUAGUGGACCGAUUAAAACCUACCAGCAUCAGGUUACCAUUGACGAGGCAGGCGAGUCCCCUGACCAGUCCUUGGAUAGGAUUCCGAAACUCUCAGUGAGCUAAUGGAAGACAAACUUAUGAAGUUCUACAAGGUUCUUACUGUGACCUCUUUGAAGCAACGUUUUCCAUGGUAGUGUGCUCAUGGUAUGUGAACUGAACUUCUCAUGCCUCCUGUUGCCUCCCUUCCACUCAGAGAGCAGGUUUUCCCCUUAAACAAGAGGCUUCUUGGCCUUGAUCUCCAUGUUGAGAAUCGCUCAUGCAAUCUGCACACCGGGGGUUAAAACAUGGUUGAUAUUGACGUUGGUGAGACGGACCGUGAAGAGCCACUGGAUGAUUUGCAAGUCAGAAUCAGAAUAGAUUUAUUAUCCCUGACAUACUGUAUGUCAUGAAAUCUGUUGUUUUAUGGAAGCUCUACAGUACAAUACAUAAAAAAUUACGGUGAGUUAUACAACAAAAAUAAAACAGAGCAAAAUAGCAAGGUAAUAUUCACAGAUUCAUGGUCCAUCCAGAAAUCUGAUGGAGGAAGGGAAGAAGCUGUUCCUAAAACAUUGAUUGUGUGUCUUUAGGCUCCUGUACCUCCUCCCUGACGGUAGCAAUAAGAAGAGGGCAUGUCCUGGGUGAUGGGGGUUCUUAGUGAUGGAUGCUGCCUUUUUGAAGCAUUGCCUUUUGACGAUGUCCUUGAUGCUGAGGAGGCUGGUGCCCAUGAUGGAGCUGGCUGAGACUACUGCAGCCUUUUCCGAUCCUGUGCAGCGGCCCCUCCACACCAGAUGGUGAUGCAACUAGUUAGAAAGUUCUCUACCAUACGUCUGUAGAAACUUGCGACCGUCUUUGGUGACGUACCAAGUCUUCUCCAACUCCUAAUGAAGUAUAGGAGUGUCUUGGAUAAACCUAGUCCAGAAGAACUGUGCUCCAGGGCUGCUCUUUGAGCUAGUGCCUGAGCAAGUGCAGCCCGUGGGGAAAACAUUCCCAUGGCUGUUAGAGCAUCAAUUAUCCCAGCCCACUGUCUGAGAUUCUCUGGCCCGCUUAUCUUCAGCUGUUUCAUCAAUGACUUCCCUUUGAACUCAGAUUCAGUUUUAUUUCUCCCACGCGAAAUCUGUUGUUUGUGUCAACAAACAACACAACCUAAGGAUGUGCUGGGGGCAGCCUGCAAGUGUCACUUCAUAUUUCAAUGCCAACAUAGCAUGUCCACUAUGUCAGCAGCACACACAAAACACAACAAGCAGCAGUAACAGCAAACGCACCCUGUUACUGACACAGUAACAGCAAACGCACCCUGUUACUGACACAGUAACAGCAAACGCACCCUGUUAGUAACACAUACACACCCUGUUACUGACACAGUAACAGCAAACGCACCCUGUUACUGACACAGUAACAGCAAACGCACCCUGUUACUGACACAGUAACAGCAAACGCACCCUGUUACUGACACAGUAACAGCAAACGCACCCUGUUAGUAACACAUACACACCCUGUUCCUAACAUACACACACCCUGUUACUGACAC